AAGUCGUCUUCCUUCCCAGGCCACGUUGAGAAUUUCAUUUUUGCCUUCAAUGUGGAAACACGUAUAGUACACACGCAAUUAGUCAAUAGCAUAGAUCCAAGAGAUCGAACCCAGCUAUAUAUACAACAAGGGGGCCAACGGCUUUUAGUCCAUAUACAAAACUAAACUAACUGAACUCGUCGUCAUGGCAAGUCUUGCUUACUGUGUUUUACUCCUUGUAACCGUUCUCAGUUUCAGCCCAGACAGCUGCUUCUGUGCUGCUCACCAAUCCAAACCAGAACACAAGGCGGCCUUGUUUGUGUUUGGGGACUCGCUCUUUGAUUCUGGGAACAACCAAUACCUCAAUAGUAGUAGCGGCAUGGGAGCGGCAACAACUAAGCUGCCGUACGGAGAAACCUACUUCAAGCACGCCACUGGUCGGGUUUCCGAUGGCCGCGUUGUCCCCGAUUUUAUUGCUCAGUUUGCAAAGCUUCCUAUGCCACCACCAUAUCUGCAACCUGGUGCACAUCACUUUACAGACGGGGUCAAUUUUGCUUCUGCCGGAGCUGGUGUUCUUCCCGGAACUUUCCCCGGAGCGAUAGACUUUCCUACUCAAUUGAGCUAUUUUAAGGCCAUGGAGAAGACACUGAGACAGAGACUGGGUGAUAAGGAAACCAAGAAGUUGCUGGGCAGAGCUGUUUAUUUGUUCAGCAUUGGAGGAAAUGACUACUUUAGCUACGCUUCUAAAAACCCAAAAGCUCUACAGAUCUACAAGAGACAGUAUGUAGCAAUGGUGCUCAGAAACUUGAUCAGUGUGCUCAAAGAAAUAUAUAAUUUAGGAGGAAGGAAAAUUGCAUUUCAGAAUGUAGGACCUCUGGGAUGCGUACCGGCAACGAAAGCAAUGAAUCCUGCACUCGGUAGUAAAUGUUCUGAAGAACCAUUAACACUAGCCAGACUCCAUAACAGAGCCCUAUUCAUUGCCUUCAAGAAGUUAGAGAAGAGCUUACCAGGAUUCAAAUUCUCAAUAUUCGACUACUACAAUGCACUUGGGGACAGAAUCAACAACCCUUCAAAAUAUGGUUUCAAGGAUGGAAAGGCUGCUUGUUGUGGCAGUGGGGCAUAUAGGGGGUCUAAUUGUGGUGGUGGAAGGAAUGGGACAGCAUAUGAACUAUGCAGCAAUCCCAGUGAGUAUGUGUGGUUUGAUGGAGCUCACACAACUGAAAGUGCCAACCACCAACUAGCUGAACUUAUAUGGAAUGGACCACAAAAUAUCACAGGGCCUUACACUGUGAAAAAACUAUUUGAUCUUGCUUAAUUCUAUUACUAGGCUAAUAAGGCUAUGAGUUGGGACUUUUCAGACGUACUUAGCCAUCUUUGAUUAUUGUAUUAAGGAUGACGUGAUUGCACAUCAGCUUCUUUAGAAAUUUGCCUUCAGAGGAUUUUGUAUAUGUCAUAUUGUAAAUCUCAGCCUCUCACAUAACAAUACAAUUACUUUCAGCUGAGCUAUAUA